GAGAAGCACUCUGCUCGUCGCCUGACUCGCCCCCACCAGGCCACUACCCCGCCCGGCCGAAGCCCCGCCGACCGGCGACGCGCGACCGCGCAGAUCAGCCCCACCACCGUUAGACGGGAGACGGAUACCGCGACGGCCGACCUCUCCGCCUCCGCGCCCUCCUGCGGUCCUGCCCUUGGCCCGUCGGCCCUCCUCUAGUCCUCUUCCUCCUGUGCGAUUGUGCCGGCUCCCGCAGACCGCAGUCCCGCGUCCGGCGUCCCGGCCGCCCCGGCCCCCUUCCCUCACACCACUGAUCAUGGGGCUACUCAGCAUCAUCCGGAAGAUCAAGCGCAAGGAGAAGGAGAUGCGCAUCCUCAUGGUAGGCCUGGACAACUCGGGGAAGACAACCAUCGUUCUCAAGAUCAACGGGGAGGACACCAGCGUCAUUAGCCCAACCCUCGGAUUCAACAUCAAGACCAUCAAGUACCACAAAUACUCUUUGAACAUAUGGGAUGUUGGAGGACAGAAGACGAUCAGGUCUUACUGGAGAAAUUACUUUGAGCAGACUGAUGGGUUAGUUUGGGUCGUUGAUAGUUCAGACAUAAGGAGGCUUGAUGAUUGCCGUGCUGAACUCCACAAUCUCUUGAAAGAAGAGAGACUAGCUGGAGCUUCAUUGUUGGUUUUCGCAAAUAAGCAAGACAUACAGGGAGCUCUAAAACCAGCUGAAAUUGCGAAGGCUGUUGUUUCCAUUCAUAGGGUUAUGGUGUGGCGCGUAAGGACGGAGAUGGUGCUUCAAAUGGGUUCUGAAUCUGGAAGUGAUGAACAGCAGCAGGCACUGGAAGAUUGUGGGCUGCAGCGCUUACACUGGAGAGGGGCUUCUCGAGGGCUUCGACUGGCUGGUCCAGGACGUCGCUUCUCGGAUCUACGUCCUGGACUGAUAUUUGUAGCUUCGAUGCACUGAUGAUAUUUGUAGCAUCGGUGCUUGUUGUGCCGUCGUUGGGAGUGCAAAAGUUUGUUAGCGCGUCGGUGCUACGCUAAUUUGUCAUGCCUGUACUAAUCUAGGCAUCGUCAGCAAAAGAUGCAAUUCUAUUGUGCCAAUUUUUCUCGCUCUAAAUCAGCAAUGCUAGAUUUAUUUAAUUUAUUGAACUUAGUGUGUUUUAAGAACUAAAACAGAAUUGAGGAGCCUGUAUUGUAUCGAAGCGUAUCUUCUUAGAUCCGUGUUAUA